CAAUCAGCUGUGACAGCAAAACAAAGGGCGAAACAGAAACCGAUAAGCUACGCAAAAUUCCAAAAGAAGCCCUACUUUAAAAAGAAAAAGUGAACAUUAUGGGUAUCUGUCUAUCCUGCUGCGGCCAAAGUGCCGAGGAAACUAACCUAAUGCCAUCGCCUGAUGAGCGCCGCCAGCAACAGUUGGAUGCGGCGGAAAAGCGUCGCCAGGAGAAUGAAAAUCGGGGCAUCAAAAAUCCGGAGAGCGUAAGACGCCAGCAACAGAAAGCGGAGGAACUGCAGCGGCGGGAAGAGGAGGCCGCCCGCCAGGGUCAAGGACAAUCCAAUCUAAGGUGGCAAACGAGCUAAGAGGAGGAAGAUCCACAUCCUGGUAUUGCUUAUAAAGCAUACCCACCUAUUUCCCUCUAUGUUAACUGCCCUUUGUCCAGUCCUUUUUGUACUACUCCGUAUUUGUACUGUCUAUAUACCCCCCAUAUUCCGAUCUUAUAUCUAUUCAUACACCAUCGUCCGAGAACUUUUAGCUGGCGACCAAAAAUGUACAACCAAAAAUAAAAUGAAAACCAAAUUGUUAUCAGUGAUUAGAAAAUUGAAAAGAAAAAUUGAAUACUUUUUCCACGGAUUAGUUUGACUAAGUCCGGAAAGUUAUAUAAAUUUUCCAAGUUUAUUUUGUCAUUCCUGUUUUAAAAACUUUACUAUUGUGUUCUACAUAGCACUUAAAUCUGGAAAUAAACUCGUUUUACAUAUCAAAA